ACUACAAAACCCGGUUUCGUUCGAAAUUUUGAAUUUCAGAUAGUUCGAGCCUUGAGGUGUGUGGGAGGACGGAGAUCAGCGAUGGAGAUCGCGGCGGACUCUCUGGACGGCUCUGUGAUCUUCCACGCCAUUAACGAAAUCUCAGGUUUCGUGCUUUACAUGCACCAGCAAAUCCCUUCAUUGUUGCAGGAUAUUACUCUGGAAUUCGAUUCGCUCUGUUCUGAGUACAAGGAUUCGGAAAUGGCUCUUCACCAGAACGAGGUGAAGCCAACGCUUCGGAGAAAGCACGCCGGCCAAAUGAGGGAAGCCAAGCGCGGGAUUCGAAGAUUCCAGAAGCUGAUGCGUCAAGUUUCUGAUCUCCAAACUGCGCUGAAGCUGAUGAUCAGUGAGGUUCCUCAGUUCCAAGAAGCCAUUUUGGUGAUCGGAGCGAGUCCGCUACGGCCUCAUCAUGUCUAUGAGUUGAGCUUUUCAAGCGCAAGCGCUGUUCCUAGUAGCAGUGGUGAACAUGAACAUGAAAAGGAACUUGAUUUCGGCAAAAGCAGAGCGGCGGAAGUGCUUUGUAGAAAAGCGAUUCGGGGGCUGAUCUCAAAGGGUGCUGGGUGUGCUUCUUAUUCAGGGCGUUCCAAGUUGUUUCUGUUGGUGAAAGCUCCCCCUUGUCUCAAUCUGCCUCUGCAUUUUCUUCCCAAACGUGAUUUCAGAUACAGCAACAAGAUUGUGCCUUUAAGACUAAAGAUUAAGAGAAAAACCCAAGAUCAUAACCUGGAUGCUCUUCCAGUUUCUUCUGAAACUGGCAGUUCUGAUGGGUUGGUUGAGUCUGCUCCAAAUGAUUUUAUAUGGUUCCAAUGUCGGCAUGUAAUCAAGGGCCUGGCAUCUAACACACCGACUGAAGCAGAAUGAAUAGACCUACAUUGUGCAUACAAUAAUUCCUCAUGUCUUAUGGAGAUUAUAUCAUAGUUUGACUGUUGUAACAUUCACCUCUAUUCAGGGCUUGCGUUUAGGUUUCAUGGAUUUCGAA